AUGGUGGCCUUUUGGCCCUGGAAGGGCGAGACCUCCUCCACGGCCUCCUUCGAAAAGACUCUUUCCACGCUUUCGACCAAGAUCACCGAUACUCAAGCUUCCCUUGACAAAGUUCGCGCCAGCUCCCGCCGAGCUCGUGUCAUAUGGACACUCUACCUCAGCUUUGCGUAUCUUGUCUAUGCGAUCGUCCUCCUUCUUGUUGUCGGAUAUGACAAUCUCGGAGCUUUUGAAUGGGGUGGCCUAACUGGCGGUCCGAUACUUAUCUACGUAACGCGCACGACCCUUGCUACAUACUACAACUUUCGCGUCGAAAGCCUUACCGCUCGUCUCAAAGUCCAUCAACAAGAGCGUGCGAAGACGAUCCAGAAACUCAAGGAUGCCACCAAAUACGACUCUACAUUGGAGCUGAUCGAGAAGUACGGCGGGGCUGACGGCAAGGGCAAGAAGAAGGAAGGCGAGCACCACGCCGACAAGACACCCAACAAGCAGCAGCAUAAUGCUCCAGCGCAGGGAGUGCCCGGCCGAACCCGAAUGCCCCCUCCUCCUACCGCCAACAUCCAGCGCGCUCAUAGCCCUGCGCCAGCCUCGAAUCCUUUGGAACCCAGUGCUGAGUUCGCUCCAAACGCAGAAUUCUCUGGGCCUCCUGCGCCCUCAUUUGUCCCUGGAACUCCCCAACCUUAUCCUCCCCCGCCUCCCGCUCCUACCGGUUACUCCUCCUAUUCGAACGGGGUCAACGAAACCCACUGGUACGACCGUAUCUUUGACGUGCUUCUUGGCGAGGACGAAACUGCGCCCAAGAAUCGAAUUAUCCUUAUAUGUCACUCCUGCCGCCUUGUCAAUGGCCAAGCUCCCCCAGGAACUAAGUCCCUGGUCGAGGUUGGAAAGUGGAAGUGCAUGUCCUGCGGUGCUCUCAAUGGAGAGAUUGACGAAGGAAAGCGCAUCAUGAACGAGGUUCUUGGAGCUGCCAAAGAUGCUGAUACUGAUUCGGAUAGUGCCCACGAGCACUUCGCCAGGGAAGAUAGUGAACCUCACAUGGUCGAUGUGAGCUCCCCGGCGACGAAUGUGGACAAUGAUGGCCCAGCGGCAGGUGUCAAAAAGCGCAGUCGCAAAGCCAAGCAAUGA